AUGACAACUAUCGAAUAUUCUCUGGAGUUCAUUUGUAAACGAAUUGCUUCUAUCGAUUUCGAAAAAGCGUCCAAACCCUUAAUUGUUGGUGUUAGUGGUCCACAAGGUUCAGGAAAGUCUUAUUUGGCCGAUAAAUUACCAACUAACCUUAAAGACAAGUUCCCCAGCUUAAAUAUCAUUCAAUUCCUGAUGGAUGACCUUUAUUUUACAAGAUAUCAUCAACAGAAAAUUACUGAAGAAGCUAUAAGAACCGAAAAUAAAUUGUUGCAAGGUAGAGGGUUACCAGGUACUCAUGAUUUGCUAUUGAUUCUCCGAGUAUUUGAACAGUUGAUUGGAAAUUAUUCUGAUAAAUCACAUUGGAAACCAGUUGAAAUUCCGGUGUAUGAUAAAUCUGCUUAUAAUGGUUUAGGUGAGAGAGCAGAUAAAUCACAAUGGCAAAUUGUUGACAUUCCUGCUGAUGUUAUUAUCUUUGAAGGUUGGUUCAAUGGAUUUUUGUCGCUUGAUCCUGAUCAAUUAAGAGUUGCAUAUUUCACUUCAAAAAUUGAUGGAAUUUUACAAAUGAAUCCUUAUUAUCAUAUUGAAGAGAUUAAUCGAGCUCUAAAAGAGUAUCGUAAGAUUUGGAAAUAUUUUGAUGAUUUCAUAAUUUUACAUACAAAUUCAAUUGAAAAUGUUUAUACUUGGAGAUUACAACAGGAACAAAAUUUAAUUGAACAAAAAGGUACUGGAAUGACUGAAAAUGAAGUAAAACAAUUUGUUGAUAGAUAUAUGCCAAUGUAUGUCUUGUAUUAUGAACGUUUAUGUGAAUCUGGAUUACCUAAUUGUCCAACUUUAAUCCUUUCAAUUGACUUGACUAGAAAAGUAAUCUCUACUCGUCAGGUUUGA